AUGUUCUCUGAACAAACAAAGUUUCAAGGAGAAGUGUACGCAGAUCCUGGCUACUCAUCGUAUGCAGCACUUAGAUUUGUUUAUGGUGUUUCAACUACAUUUACUCCUGGGGCUGGUUUGAAGAUUAUACAAGCAUACAUGGAAGGUUACAGACAGGACUGGGGGCUCUCCUUUGAGAAGGACACCCGGACGAGAGGCGGCUGGCAACAAGGUGGAAUCAUCGUGGCAGGUCCGGGAAAAAGUAACAUCUCAUAUAUCCACAGAGACCAAGAGGCAGGGGAUGAUCCAGAUAUAGAGGAUAUCCUGAAAGCAUGUUGCUUAUAG